AUGGGCAUUUACAGGAUAUUUGGCAAGAGAAGGGAAAUGAAGAAGUCUUUGGAAUGUGGAGCUAAGAAACGACACCACAACCCAGUGGACAGCAUUUGCAAGAAGAUCAAAUCCAUCCAAAUGAUGGACCAGGUCUCCAACCCGGCUCUGCAGAUACCAAAAUUUCAGUCCCGGAACUUUGACAGCCCGCAGAGCAAUACUAAAAAGAACUUGGAAGAAAUACUGAAAGGGAGAACCUGCAGAAGCCAGGAGAGUGCUUGUUCACCCCUGAUCAGCCCUGGCAGUGACAGAAUUUGCUUUUUAGACUCUCCUCAUCCUGGGGCCAGCUCUGCAGACACCACCUUCCCAGUCCUUUGCAGUGGGAGAUCCAGCAGCUCGUGGAUGCCCACGGAGACUUCUCCAUACUGCUUUGGACCCAGGGAGGCCAGUGCCCAGAGCAAACCUUGUGCUUCAGCAAAUGCUGAACCUAAAGAUGUGCGGCCCAGGCAGAAGUAUCUGACGUCAAGUCCAAAUUUAUAUUUCUUCACGUCUGAAAAAAAGUCAGAAAGUGCUGUGGUCCAACCUCCUGUGCCAAAGACAUUUCCUUCAAGUGAAAGAGGAGGGAGGCAGGCUCUGGGGUACAAGGCUGACAGCAUGUACGAUGUGAGCUUGAUCUGUGAAGAGGACCUGCUGACCACCAUCUUCUGUGCCUGUGACAUCCACUGCACAGGAAAAGUGGCAGUGUCCAAGAUAGUUGAUUAUUUGAGGCAUACAACCAGCAGGGGAUCAGAGGACAGUGGCCUUGAAGAGCUGUGCAAUAUGCUUGACCCAGAGCACAAGGAUGUCUCCAUGGACCUGGAAACAUAUCGUGCUGUCAUGGGAGAGUGGAUUGAAGACUGCAAGAGAAAAUGGGAAGAAGGUGCUACUGAGGAAUCAUCAGCAAGUGCGGAAGACCUGGAAUUUCAAGUACAUAAAAACGUCUCUGAAGCCAAAAAGAUGCAUGCCAGGAUGAAUGUUACAUCAGGAAGCCUGGAGGCCUUUGGGGGUGAUGUGUCUAAAGGAGACAUGGAGACCUCCGACUUGAUAACCUGCGUUGCUGACCUGCAGUACAACAACCAGAAGCUUCAGGAAGAGAACAACAAGCUGAAGGUCACCCUGGAAGCUGUGGAUGAGACCAACAGCAAGCUCCUGGCAGAUAAUGAGCAUCUCCGUCAGCAGUUAAAAAGUGUCCAGCAGUCUGUGUUGAAAGCCAAAUCCCUGGAAGAGGAGCUAGAGGAAGCAAGAAACAAUGUGAAUGUAUCAGAAGAGAAAAGAGAGCAGGUUCUUUGGCAGAACAAGCAGCUAGAAAAAGAAAAUCAGUCUCUCAACAUCAAAGUUACUUCUCUCCAGGAGGAGAUUAUUAAGAAUAGAAUGGACAACGAUGGGCUGCAGAAGAAGUUUUUGGAGAUAUCUAAAAAUGCAGCACAACUUCAAAUCCAGGCCCAUAUCUAUGAGAGCACUGUGGUGAAUAAAGAGGCAAGCCUGAUCCAGAAGGAGCAGGACAUCAAGGAACUCAAGUUAACCAUUGUGGAGUGCUCCUCAAUAAUAGAGACCCUGCGGGCUGAAAAAAAUAAACUGCUGGAGAACAUCCAACACAUGCAGCAAGAGCUCAUCUCGAAUGGGUUGAGUUUCCCAUUGCUGUAUAAAUUUAACAGCAAUAUUCCUGAAGGGAUGAGUUCACUACACUGUGAACUGGAGCUUGCACAGUCCUCUGAGAUGAUCAGGACUGAAAGGACAUCCCUGGAUGAAACACUGGACCGUGAAGUGCUGCUUUUACUCCAGGGGCCUGAAUAUGCAGGAGAAAAAUUCAAGACUAUCAUGCAAAACCUGCAAGAGCAAGCUUCUGAAGCAGAGGAGCUUGUCAUGGCUUCAUUAGAAUGGGUGAAAGAUCCUGAUGAGGACAUGCAACAGGCCUGGGAAAGAAAACUUGUGGCUCUCAAGCAAGAACUAGGAGAAAAGACACAUCUUUGGAUCCAGAAACUCCAGCUUUUGGAAAAAUGCAAGGACUCCUUAGACAAGGAUUUUAUCCGAGUGGCAGGCAACCUGAGGAGAACCAAGACAGAACAACUUCACCUAAGGAAAGAGCUCUCUGCUAGGCAGCACCAGAUAGAAGCUGCCAAACAGCUUCAAGAAGAAACUGCUGGCCAGGCAGAAGCCCUGCAUUUGGAGCUGCAGAAAGCCACCAAGCAUGCGGAGGAUCAAGUUGAAGCAUUUCACUCUCUUCGUGAGGAAGCAGCAUCCUUGAAGAGCAAUUUGGAGGAAGCCAUUUCUGAGCAGCAGAAGCUCAGGGAUGUGAAUGCAGCUUUAGCGAGCACUUGCCAGUUGCUUCAGGAGAAGGUGGAAGACCACAAAACGACUGCUAAUGCCCUGAGGUGGGAGCUGCUGCAGAGGAGACUCUGUGAAUUGGUGUGCCAGUGCUGUGCAGAGUUAGAAUCUGACUACUCUCUGCUGCCCACGUCAGCUGAACACCUAAAAGGGAAGCAGCUCCAUUGCUCCAAACGACCAUGGAGUGAAGGACCCACCUGGUACUCUGAAUUUCCCUGGGCACUGCCCUUGGGUGUUUCACACUGGCACAGCUCCCUUCUGCUAGAUGCUCUGACCUUGGAGACCUGCUGCCCAAAUAACCCUCCUGGGCACAGCUGGGACCAGCCUUGCAGGCAGAGCCCUGGCAGCUGCACCUUGGAGAGGUGUGAUGUGGGAUGUGUGUCCAGCUCGGAUGUGACAUCAGGAGAAUGCAGGUGGAAAAUACGCUCUGCUGAUGACUACACUGAUGCAGACCUUCCUGUUUCCAUUACAAUGAUGGACUCUUCACUUGCCGAGAUUGACCAUGGGGAGCAGACACCAGCAGCCACUCUGAUCCCAUCCAGUGAUCGCUUAGCAUCAGCCCCAGAAGCUCUCUCAUCCUCGGUGGAAAGCACAGCACCAGUACCAGGCUGCCUUGUUAUGGAGGAAGGAUCAUCCAAGGGCUUGCAUGAGAGAGGGGAAGAUGUACCAACUUCUGUGGCAACAGAGGCAAACAGCGAUAAGGACCCAGCUGCUCCCAUGUCAGGACCAAGUCAGAGCAAGAAGGAAUCCUGCCUGGUGGUGGAAGAACACAAAACACUUGAGAAUGUUUUGAAGCAAGACCUGGAGGUGGAGCAGGAAAAGAAAAAUAAUAAAGAGCGGAGUGAGGAAGCACCAGCUGUGGUUCCCAGCAGGAAAGGCAGUUCACCCACUGCAGGUGGCAUUAAAGGAGAUAAAACCAAGCAGAACGAGCCUGACUCCCCAAAUGAGAAGGAAGUGGAGGCCGAAUUUCUGAGGCUGUCUUUAGGUUUUAAGUGUGACUUGUUUACCUUGGACAAAAGAGUGAAGCUUGAAGAGAGGUCCCGAGACCUGGCUGAAGAAAACUUGAAAAAGGAGAUCACAAAUGCUGUGAAGAUGUUAGAGGCACUAGUUCCUUUGUGUGAAGAAGAUAACCAAGCACAGGAGAUCAUUAAGAAGCUGCAGAAAAGCCUGCAGUUCCUCAGCCAGUAUGCAGCUCGAGUUGCCAGCAGAGCAGAGAUGUUGGGAGCUAUUAACCAGGAGAGCCGGGUGAGCAAGGCUGUGGAGGUGAUGAUCCAGCACGUGGAGAACCUGAAGCGCAUGUACGCCAAAGAGCACGCGGAGCUCGAGGAGCUCAAGCAGGUCCUGCUCCAGAACGAGAGGUCCUUCAGCUCCCUUGGAGACAGAGAUGAAGCUAUGAAUAAGAAGCUACCAAGUCCUUUUAACUUUAAGCCCUCAUCAGCCCUGCGGAGAGUGAGCAUUGCAACAGUGCCCAGGAGUGCUGGGAAUGCAGGGAGUGCGGUACCAUUGGCCCAGUUCCAUGAACCUGAUGGGGAUGAACGGAGUGACAGAUUCAGCAGGAGAUCAAGCAGUUGGGGCAGGCUAGGGGUGAAGCAGAAUGAGAAGCGCCCCUCGCUGCAGAGGUUCCUCAGCACCUAUUCCUGGGCAGAGUAUGAAGAGGAGCAUUUUGAAACCAAAAAUGAGCAGUUGGAGUCACCUGCUGAAGUACAGGAGCAACCAGCUAGGAAGGAAAGUGUCUCUGAAAAAGGAAAAUGCCCAUCCAAAUGGACCCUGGAGUCAACGUACAGUUUGAUGUCGGCAUGGGCAUCCCACUUCAAGGCUUCCUUCUGCAACGCGAACAAAACCCUCUGGGUGUCCGUGUCCAUCCUGGUGCUGCUGGCUGCUCUCACCAGCUUCCUGACGGGGCUGUCCCUGCAGAGGCCAGCAGAUGCAGCCCCUGUGGGCACUGGGGACUCCUGGACAUCCCUGCAGCAGCUGCUGUGGCCCUACACAGGACUGCAACACCACGGCCCUCCCCCGGUGUGACCCCGGCCCCACUGCCAUGGCUGCAGGACAGGAGCUGAAGCUGGCAUUUUUUCCAGGUUCCAUGCUGGAUUUGUUCUGCUGGGUUGAGGAUGUUUUUUGGUGGGGGAGAUGAAUUUUUCUUUAAAGCAUGACUUGAAAUGGAAAAAAAGAAGUAUCUUUUCCCCAUUCUGACAAAAGUUGUCUUUAAAAGUAGCUAAAAGGGUCUCUGUUCUAUUGAGGUUUACAAUAGAACAGCAAUUUUGAACAUAGCUAACAAUAAACAUGUCUAGGUGGUCUAGCCAC